CACACGGCACACCCCACCCCACCCCACGCUCCUCACGACACUUGACCAUCUCUUCUGUGACCCGGUCCAUUCUUCCCCAAACCCUUUCUAAUUUUAUUUGCACGUUGCACGGUAAACACCAUUUGCGUGGUGCCUCAAAUUUUCUUGCACCGUCCUCCACCCAAGCAUUCGAUCGAUCGAUCGACCGUUCGGACUCUGCCUCCACAUAUCAAUCACCGACGACAGCAACCGCAACAAAUCGCAGACCCCACGCCUUCGCCAACUACCCUCGGUAACGCCGCCGCACCACCUUAUAAAAACUAGGCUUUGGACGGCACGCGCGGCCAUGCCUCCCGGGAGCACCGGAAUAACCGAGGGAGAUGCGCGACAAAGUUGGGAGCGUCAUCCGGCUCCAUCCACAUGAGACGAGGAGCGACAAGGUAAGGUUAAGACGGGAAUCUGCCGAGCGUGACGAGCAACAGCUCGGCGGCGACGGCCACGGCCACAGAAGCUCCUCCCGCUCCCUGAACGGCCAUCACCACCACCAUCGUCGGUGGCAGCCGCCGGGCGGUGGUAUGAUGAACGGCGGAAGCGGCAGCAUCAGCAAAUUGACCGGUGCUCUUCUGCUUCCCAAACGCGCCUUCAUCGCCGGCCUGUCGAUAGAGGACGUGACCGGGAUUGUGAGGCACCAUCCCCUUCCCUCUCUGUUGUGCUUUUCCUUGCUCUUCUUCAUGGCCGUGGAGUACACCCAUGGAAUGGUUCCUUCCUCGGCUCCUCCAGUGGACCUCGGUUUCGUCCUCACGCAGUCCCUCCACGGCCUCCUCGCCACCAGGCCCUCCCUCAACUCGGCCCUCGCCGCCCUCAACACUGUGUUCGUGGGAAUGCAGAUCGCGUACAUACUAUGGACGUUGCUGGUGGAGGGGAGGCCGCGGCCAACCAUCGCAACUCUCUUCAUGUUCGCUUGCAGGGGUACACUCGGAUCGGCUACCCGGCUCCCGCUGCCACAGGGCUUCUUGGGCUCGGGUGUGGAUUUCCCUGUGGGGAAUGUUUCCUUCUUCCUCUUCUUCUCAGGGCAUGUGGCAGCGGCGGUGAUUGCGUCUCUGGACAUGCGGCGGAUGGGGCGGCACGGGAUGGCCUGGACCUUUGAUGCCCUCAAUGUUCUGCAGGGGCUGCGGUUGCUCGCCUCCAGGGGCCACUACACCAUUGAUUUGGUCGUUGGGGUCGGAGCUGGUUUCCUCUUUGACAUCCUUGCUGGGAAUUACGAGUAUAGUAGGACGGGUGAGCACCAGAAACCGGAACGAGCAUGUUGCGCCUGCAAUUGCAACGGCAGCAGUUGAUAGCCAUUCCCAUGUAACGUAAAAACCUCCCACCGGCCUCUUUAUUCCCUUUUCCCUCUUUUUCCUUUUUUUUUUUCUUUUCCAUAUAAAUAAUUCCAUGGCACAGGAUUUCACCUCCCAAACCAGCAGUCACCAUUUGGUACCAGCAAAUACCUCGGUCACCAUCUUUGAAUUCACUAGCUCAGAAGGUCAGCAAUUUUUUUUUUGGGGGGCUUUUAGACAAUCAUAAACAUCACCAAUGUGAAAACUGGUACCGAGCCAGCUUAGCUUCUAAUGAGGUGGAAGCAGCAUUACAUCAAGCACAAAAUCAAGAUUGUCAACUGAGCUUCGACUAUUGCCUUUCGUUUUUUUUUUUUUUUUGGUAAGAAUACUAUGGCCUUCAUUACUGGCACUAUUAGGGCUAUCAAGACGAGCCCCAGAAAGACUAUCGCAUAUCAUAUAAGUUCUUUCAGGUGGAUUAUUAUUUGCAAUGAAUGACUUUGAUGGUAUUCUCCAAAUGCUUUCAAUCAA